AUGUCGUCCGCUGCUAUGAUCCGCCGAAAGAAGAAUGUCAAGAAGGGUAUUCAGUUCUGUCUGAUGGUUUGCGGUGCUUCCGGAACUGGUCGUACCACCUUUGUCAACACCCUUUGCGGCCAGGACGUUCUCCAGCACAAGGAUGCGGAUGAUGCCCACGAUGCCCACGUCGAAGACAGUGUCAAGAUCAAGCCCGUCACAGUCGAACUAGAACUCGAUGAGGAGGGCACCCGCAUCUCCCUGACCAUUGUCGAUACCCCCGGAUUCGGUGACCAGAUUGACAACGAGGCCAGCUUUUCCGAGAUUGUCGGCUACCUCGAGAGACAAUAUGACGAUAUUUUGGCUGAGGAGUCUCGAAUCAAGCGUAACCCGCGAUUCAGAGACAACCGUGUGCAUGCCAUGCUGUACUUUAUCACUCCCACCGGUCACGGCCUCCGUGAACUCGAUAUUGAGCUGAUGAAGCGCCUUGCCCCCCGUGUCAACGUUAUUCCCGUCAUCGGACGCGCCGACUCUCUCACCCCCCAGGAGCUUGCUGAAUCCAAGAAGCUCGUCAUGGAGGACAUCGAGCACUACAGAAUCCCCGUUUACAACUUCCCUUACGAUGUCGAUGAGGAUGAUGAGGACACCGUUGAGGAGAAUGCCGAGCUCCGCGGCCUCAUGCCUUUCGCUAUUGUCGGUUCUGAGGACGUGGUUGAGAUCGGCGGUAGAAAGGUUCGCGCUCGUCAGUAUCCCUGGGGUGUUGUCGAGGUUGACAACCCUCGCCACUCCGAUUUCCUUGCUAUUCGCUCUGCUCUGCUGCACAGCCAUCUUGCCGACCUCAAGGAGAUCACCCACGACUUCCUUUACGAGAACUACCGUACCGAGAAGCUCUCGAAGAGCGUGGAUGGUGCCACUGGUGUCGACAGCUCCAUGAACCCCGAGGACUUGGCCUCCCAGUCUGUCCGUCUCAAGGAGGAGCAGCUCCGCCGCGAAGAGGAGAAGCUGCGCGAGAUCGAGCUCAAGGUCCAGCGCGAGAUCAACGAGAAGCGCCAGGAGCUCCUGGCCCGCGAGUCGCAGCUUCGCGAGAUCGAGGCUCGCAUGCAGCGCGAGGCCUCUUCCCAGGCCAAUCUCAACAGCCUGGCCGAGAAUGGCAAGCAAGAAGAGUAA